AUGGCGCCAACAACAUCUGAUAAGACGAUUUCAAACUCCAUAAACACCUCACCCACGUCACCACUACAAGACGUCACUAAUCAGACACUCGACCCUGAAAGGGGUGCUUCCAGUUCCAAGAAGGAGCUCAUCAACUUUCUCAGAGGCUGGCCCUCCCCGUCCUUGUUAUCUUCCUCCAUUUUACAGGCCGCCUCGACGGCGCUCCUCUCUGACCCCUCCCUGUUCGUUCCUGCCUUGCAAUACGGCCCAGACCCGGGGUACCAGCCUCUCAGAGAAGAAUUGGCUGUCUGGCUGGAGAAGCAAUAUUCAACCAGCACCAAGAGCGAGGAGAUAUGCAUCACCGGCGGCGCGAGUCAGGGGUUGGCAUGUGUGCUGGCUAGUUUUACUGACCCGUCUUACACCCAGACUGUAUGGGCGUCGGCGCCAUGCUACUACCUCGCCUGUCCCAUCUUUGAGGAUGCCGGGUUUGGUCCAGGACGCAUAAAAGCCGUGCCAGAGGACCAGCAAGGGGGCAUUGAUAUCGACUUGCUGGACACUUUGCUUCAAAAGCACGAGGCCCAGCACCACCAGCCAACUCACAAAGGAGCAGAAAGGAAAAACGCCGGCCCCUACAGAAAGCACUACCACCAUGUUGUCUACCUUGUUUCGACGUGCUCCAACCCUUCUGGGACGACCAUGACGCUGGAGAAGAGAAACCGACUGGUCAAAGUCGCCAGAAGGCACGAUGUGCUGGUCGUGAGUGAUGAUGUCUACGACUUUUUACAAUGGCCUAUCCUGCCAGCCUCCCCCUCGUCUGACCUCGGCCCGUUGCUCCCGCGCCUCUCAGACAUUGACUUGUCAUUGGGUCCCUCAGAGCCCGCAACAAGCUCUGGGAAAUGGUUCGGCAACGUUAUUUCCAACGGCUCUUUCUCCAAACUGCUGGGACCCGGUCUCAGGACGGGGUGGGUUCACGGCACGCCAGACUUCAUCAUGGGGCUGUCCCAGACGGGGGCGACCAGGUCGGGAGGCGCGGCCAGCCAGUUUGCUGCUGCGUUGUUGGCUGAAGUGAUGAAGGCUGGGGAGUUGGAGAGGCAUCUGCAGGAAACGGUCAGGCCCAGUCUGCGGAGACGACAUGAGCUCAUCAUGGAAACGAUCAAGCAGGAGUUGGGAGCGUUGGGGGUGACGGUGGCUGCGCAGGAUGGGGAUAGGUUUGGGGGGUAUUUUGUUUGGUUGACUUUGCCGGAGGGGCUUGACGCAAGGGUGGUGGCGCAAAAGGCCAGGCAAGAGGAGGAGUUGAUCGUGGCAGAGGGGGAGAUGUUUGAGGUGAGGGGAGAUGAGGAAGGGGCGAAGUUUAGGGGGAAUAUCAGGUUGAGUUUCUCUUGGGAGGAGGAGCACAAGAUCACAGAGGGGGUAAGGAGAUUGGGGCGUGUGUUGAGGGGUUUGUCAGGCGAGACUCGAUAGCUGUCGUCAAGGGUAACAAGGUGGGUGUUUUUGGAGGGGCGACUGAUAGGUAGAAAUAACAUCACACUAUGUUAGGGCCGAACUUUGCCACCAUGAGACACAUCAGCCUCGACUGUCCAUAACAAGGA